CCCAUUUUCCCGAUGGGCCAACAGGCUCGACGAAGCUAAGCGGCUUGCUCGAGGUCGCCCUCCUGGGAAGUGGCAGAGCCCAUCCUAAAGCCCAGGACUGCCUCUUUGCAGUCACCGGGCAGCCCUAACCCUCGCUUGGGCGCAUUCUGGUGAAGCCUGCGUGGGGGGUCGUUACACACACACACCCCGGCCCAAUCCCCCCAUCGGUGGUGUGGUCUGGCUUGCCACGCUUGAUGCUGUCCUGCACAGCCCGGCUCGGGUUUGAGUGAGGUCCUAAGGAGGAAGUCCCCACCACCUCCCACUCAGGGUCUCAAAAGAGGGGAUAGACGAGACAGUCACGUUGAUACAACAUCAGGGCGUGUUGAAAGCAAACCGACAGCCCUCGGUGUGGAAGAAUGGCCGUGAGCCACUCGGUGAAGGAGCGGACCAUCUCUGAGAACAGCCUGAUUAUCCUGCUGCAGGGCCUCCAGGGCCAGGUGACCACUGUGGACCUGCGCGACGAGAGCGUGGCCCGUGGACGCAUAGACAACGUGGACGCUUUCAUGAACAUCCGCCUGGCCAAUGUCACCUACACGGACCGCUGGGGGCAUCAGGUCGAGCUGGACGACCUCUUCGUGACAGGCCGUAACGUCCGUUACGUCCACAUCCCGGAUGAUGUGAACAUCACGGCGACCAUUGAGCAACAGUUGCAGGCCAUCCACCGGGUGCGCAACUUUGGCGGCAAGGGCCAAGGCCGGCGGGAAUUUCCCUCCAAAAAGUAUAAAUGAGCCGGCUCGACAGCAAGCGCCGUCCCCACUCAAGUUCCCCCCGGGGUUCUGCCGAGCCAACCGCCUGCGCCGCCUCCCUGCCCAGAGCCCAGAGAGCGCGCGGGGCCAGCCCAGAAACGGGUGUCUCUGAGAGACACCCCUGUCACAGCUGCCUUUCACAGGGUCCCAUCUCCUAGCCCCCCCCCCCCCCCCCCCCCCCGGGAUCCUGUCUCUCUGCCUGUGGCCUUGAGGCCGGGGACAUUGAUCACCUUGUGAUGAUUUGCAUCAGAAUCUGAUUUACUGAUUUAGGGAAUCUGCCAAGUAGUUUCCAACCCUCUCCCAGUGAGAGUUACCAAGUGUACUUAGCCUGGGCCACCCCUCAGUGUUCCGGUUUCCCAUGGUUGUUUUUCUUUCUCAUAAAACUUGGAUGCAAAC